UCUCAUACGAAUUUUUUUUUUUUUCAUUAUAAUUUUUAAAAUGUUUUACCGGUUAUUUGUUUUGAUCAUACAUUGUUCUUUAGAUGGUCCUUCGGAGUUGUUUUGUGGGAAAUGGCUACCAUGGGUAAGAUAUAUUAAAUGCUUUGACUGAUCAUGCUGAUGUUAGAAUUACAAUGAUUGUCCAUUGCAUUUCUUUGUUUGUUUUAUUAUAAACGUAAUUUCGCAUCCAGAUCUCCCGUCGACGAAGCCAAAGGAGAGAUCUGGUCAAAUCCGUACGUCAUGUGCUCGCCGGUCAGGCGCACUGAUUUAUAUUAAAGUCCAGAUAUAACGCGAACUCUGUUUGGUUGCAAAUGCAUGCUUUAUGAGAGUAUAAAACACACAGCUAAAGGUGUCGCACCAUGUGCCGAAAGUUUGUUUUGAAAACUAAAAAGUGAUGCAUGGGGAAUUUAACGGAUUCUUUAUCAUGAAACAAAUAAAGAAGCCUUGACACUGUGCUCUGUUUUGUUGGAAAGCACGCAGGAAACGGCAAGAGAACUUAGUUAGGGAGAAACACUCCACUAGGUCUCGGUUUCCCCACCUAUUCUUUCGUGCUCUAGCUGCUUCUGGCGUACUUUACAACAGAACAGAGUAUAGUCAAAGCUUUUUUAUUUUUAACGUUUUUUACUUGACCUGAUCUCGCCCUCGGCUUCGUCGACGAGAGAUCUGGGUACAAGAUCACUAUCAACGUUGUGAGUCAAUGGUCACGCGCCACAAUAACUAACAGCUCUUGACAGACGUAAUGUUAGCUUAAAAGUUCUCUAAACCUUCCCCAAUGAUAUUUAAAUUGAACACUUUAGGGGGAACUCCUUACCCCAGAAUCAACCAUGCCCAGUUGUACAAUCUCCUUAAGAAGGGGUAUCGCAUGGAACAACCAAACACUUGCAGUGAUGAAAUGUAAGUAAACUUAUUGUAAAUGACUCGCAAAAUAGAUGUACGAAACAAGAAACACAAUAUCUUUUAAAAACAACAUUGUUAAGCUAUAGGCAUGAUCAUCUUUAAACCGUUCAUAACAAGGCCGCUUUUUCGGUCACUUCUUUCAGUUCAUCGGUGAAACGCCAGGGGUAUAGUACAAUGUAAUAAAAUCCAACUAGUGGUCCAUUAUCAAUGCUGCGUUCCGAUUGGUUGAGCUACUGCUAGGCUAUAUGUUAUAGCCCACUAGUAGCGAAAAGCGCCGGCUUUUUGGCGGCAAAUAAGGGUUAAAUUCUAUCUUUAAGUAGCUAAAACUUUUUUAUUCUUGACAUUUUUGACCAAUUAGUUGGAUUUUACUAAAACAAUCAUUCCUCUCGCCCUCAUGGACUCUGAGUCAAUAGCCCAUUCAGCCUUCGGCCUCAUGGGCUAUUGACUCAGAGCCCAUGAGGGCGAGAGGAAUAACUGUUAAAUACUUCGAUUGACUUUAUCAUGACAAUCAUGACUCUCUGGCAGGCACUCAUGCGACUUGAUUGCGACAAAAAAAUCGGUGCAACUGGCGAGUAUAACGCCAACGCAAGUAGAUCGGAGGUAGGAAAGAACCAGGCUUAACUCAUUAACGUUUCUUCGACGUCAUAAACGUUAAGAACUACCUGCUAAUGUUCCGCUUUAAAAUGGAUAAUUUCAUCCCUUCUAUACUACUCACAAGGGAAAUUUCGUUUUGCUGAAGUAAAAACCAAAUCUUAGGUAAUCUCUCUCGGCAAAACAUGGCAGUGUAAAUAGCUUGAACCCAUUAUUCGUCUAGUAACUAGGUGAAACGUGAUCAUUCAGGUGAGUGUGUUAUGGAAAAGAUUGUUGUUAACGGUGAUUGCCUAUUCGACAACAGUGAUCAUCAGAGUUCAAAAAGAGUUAUGUGUCGUAGCUUGACGACAAUUUUGGCUAGCGUCAUAAUUGGCCAACUUGAACAAAGCAUAAACCAGCAUAAUUUUUUCUCGACAGAUACAAGUUAAUGCUGGACUGCUGGAGGGAUGAUCCGAAUGAACGACCCUCAUUCACCGAAAUGAUACCAACCCUUGAACAAAUGAUGACAGCUGAUACCCCAUAUUAUGAUUUUACACUGUUAGAUGAGAGCCAGGAAUGUUACAAUGAUCAAUGCCCCAGCACCAGCGAAACUCUCGACACUCUCUUGUGA